UCCCGAAGGCGUUGCCGGGAAACCUUCCGCCUAGAGCUGCGGUGGGACAGGCCGACAUGGCGGCGGCGUCGCGGCUGGCCGCGGCCCUGUUGCUGCUUGUGGCCCAGGUGGCCUGUGAGUUUGGCAUGCUGCGAGUGGUCUCUCAGAGUGGCGGUACCCGGGGCAAGGACUAUUGCAUCCUCUACAACCCUCAGUGGGCCCACCUACCACAUGACCUCAGCAAAGUGUCUCUCCUAAAGCUUCGAGACUUAAGCUCAACGCAGCUCUGUUCCCACCUUGACCUUCCUGUGGAAGACCUCACCAACCAAAUUGGGCUGGUAGCCCGGGGCAAUUGUACCUUCUAUGAGAAAGUGCGGCUGGCCCAGGGCAGCGGGGCACGUGCACUGCUGAUAGUCAGCAAGGAGAAGCUGGUCCCUCCAGGAGGCAACAAAACACAGUAUGAGGAGAUAAGCAUCCCUGUGGCCCUGCUUAGUCACAGGGACCUGCAAGACAUCUUCAGGCUCUUUGGCCAUGCGGUGAUGGUGGCACUGUAUGCACCCAGCGAACCAGUAAUGGACUACAACAUGGUCAUCAUCUUCGUCAUGGCCGUGGGCACCGUCGCCCUCGGUGGCUAUUGGGCCGGCAGCCGUGAUGUAAAGAAAAGGUACAUGAAGCAUAAGCGCGACGAUGGGCCCGAGAAGCAUGAGGAUGAGGCGGUGGAUGUGACACCAGUCAUGAUCUGCGUGUUUGUUGUUAUGUGCUGCUUCAUGCUGGUGCUGCUCUACUACUUCUAUGACCGCCUGGUCUACGUGAUCAUCGGCAUCUUCUGCCUGGCCUCCUCCACUGGUCUCUACAGCUGUCUGGCACCCUGUGUGCGCAAGCUGCCCUUUUGCACAUUCAGGGUUCCUGACAACAACCUGCCGUACUUUCACAAGCGCCCACAGGCCCGCAUGCUGCUGCUAGCACUCUUCUGUGUCACUGUCACCGUAGUGUGGGGUGUCUUCCGCAAUGAGGACCAGUGGGCCUGGGUCCUGCAGGACAUCCUGGGUAUUGCCUUCUGCCUGUACAUGCUGAAGACCAUCCGCCUGCCCACUUUCAAGGCCUGCACACUGUUGCUGUUGGUGCUGUUCAUCUAUGAUGUCUUUUUCGUCUUCAUCACCCCCUUCCUGACCAAGAGUGGGAACAGCAUCAUGGUGGAGGUGGCCACUGGGCCCUCGAACUCAUCCACCCACGAGAAGCUGCCCAUGGUGCUGAAGGUACCUAGGCUGAACACCUCACCCCUCUCCCUGUGUGACCGGCCCUUCUCCCUCCUAGGCUUUGGAGACAUCUUGGUGCCAGGGCUGCUGGUGGCUUAUUGCCACAGGUUCGACAUCCAGGUGCAGUCUUCCAGGAUCUACUUUGUGGCCUGUACCAUUGCCUACGGCCUGGGUCUCCUGGUGACAUUUGUGGCACUUGUCCUCAUGCAGCGUGGCCAGCCCGCACUGCUCUACCUGGUCCCCUGCACACUGAUGACGAGCUGCACCGUGGCGCUGUGGCGCCAGGAACUGGGUGCCUUCUGGACGGGCAGCGGCUUUGCGAAGGAUGUACCUCAAUCCUCAUGGGCCCCAACCAAGGGGCCUGUGCCUCCGAGGGACUCAGAUGCCCCCUUCUCCCAGCAGCCUCCAGGUGAAGAGCCGGCCAAGAGACCUCUGCCCACUGAGGAGGCAGGCCUGCCUGAGGAGGCAGGAGCUGCAGACCCUCCUGUGGAUCCCAACAGCUCCAUGGCCAGCACAUCCAGCCCCACAAAUGGGGACCAGGUCCAGCCCAGCCCUGUGGUACAGCCAGGCACAUCAGCCUAGGAAGAGGAGGCACAAGAGCUGGGCCCUCACAGCCUUCCAUGCCACACAGAUGUUGGCCACUUGAGACUUGAAAGGAACAGGGACAGCUGCCACCCUCCUGGGCAGCAGACCUGCGCGGUGCCCUCCCUAACAUGGUGCUCAGCCCUCUCCCACCACAGCUGCACCCCCGGCGCCCAAUUCCGCUUUGCACCAGGCUGUGAGCUUCACCUGCUGCCCGCUCCAUGCAAGGCUGCUGCCUCUGGUGCCUCGUCAACAUUUGCCCCGCAGUCCCAGCCGGCCACGCUUUCCUCCACAGGACAGGGCUCUGUGGGACCGGAGCAUAUGGGCACCCUGCCUAAGGGCCUGAGUCGUCAUGAGGGGUCCAUACCCCUCAGGAGGUCCACACCUAGAUGAAUUCGAGAAUGCUGGUCACUGUCCCAAGCCAGUAAAUGGCUUUUGCUCCAGGUCCUGCAGACUGCAGCAAGAGUGGGAAUUGGCCAUGCAUAAAUGGGUCCAUGUCCCCGGCAAAUAGCCCUCAGCUCAGAUGUGCAAGUCUUCCAUGCCAUGGCCACUGUUCUCUGCCCCAACAGUGGCUUCUGGACCUGGCAUCUGUCCUCUACCUCACCAGCCAGGCUCUGGACUCCAUGAUAGAUAUGCCUGCAGGGAGCCCACUACACAUGCUGCAUGUCAACAAGGCAGAGGCCGGUCCUCACACCCUUGAUGGAGCCUGGGACCUGUGUCCACUCACACUUGCUUGGAAAGUGUGUCUGCUGCAGGUUGACAGGCAGUGGCAACUGGCCAGUCCUUCUAGAGCUUUGGGGAGGGAGCGGGGAGGAUGACGACUUCCCAUAGGCACCCCUGUCCUAGAGUGGACAGAGACAGGAGCACUGGGGCCCAGCCACCUGCUUUGCCACUUGGGCUGCGCCUUAACUUAAGCCAUUUCGUACUGGGUGUCCAAGCGGUUCCUCCAUCUGAGCUGGUUAGAAGGGCUUUGGGCAGUGCCACCUGAGGGCCCUGGCCUUUGGUUGUCAGGGGAUUAAACAGCUUUUCAUACUCA